AUGUACCUCGUUGGUAUCGUACAGGACGUAAACGAGGCACCAACGUUGAACCUGAACAGCGUCGUCACGAUAGCUGAAAACUCCACAGUCGGGACGUCCGUUUUUAACGUGAACUGUGCAGACCAGGACACCACGAGUCCGAAUGGUGACACCGUCCUCACACACACCGAUACCGGCAAUUCGGGGUUCUUCGACGUGGCCAGUACAGGAGAGGUGACCCUGUCUAGUUCCACAGAUUUGAACUACGAGACCAAACAGCUGCACACCAUCACAUUUACCUGUACAGACGGAGGCACACCGGCGCUAUCAGCCACGGGGACUCUAGACGUCCAGGUCACCAAUGUUAACGAACCACCAGUCAUCACAAAUCCCAGUGCCGGUUCUGAAAUCAAAAGCAUUGACGAAAAUACAAGCCCGAACACUAACGUGUACCAGUUUGUCGCUUCUGAUGAAGAUUCCGGUGACACAAUGACCUGGACCAUCGACAGUCAGACUCCAAACACACAGUUUGUUCUUGACGGCGCUACCGGCCAGGUGUCUACAGUUUCUAGUCCAGUUUUGGACUUCGAGACCAACAAUCAGUACAUACUCGUCGUUCAUGUUGCCGAUAGUGCAAGCCCAAGCCUGACAGCCUCUGCCUCGCUUACAGUGAACCUGAAUGAUUUGAACGAAGCGCCAACCUUUACAGUCUUUCCCCCGUCGGACACAUUAGAUGUUGACGAGAACGAAUCAGGUUCUGCCGUCCUCUUCACAUACACGGUCUCAGAUGAAGAAAGCGGCUCGUUAACAUUUACCAUGGACACUAACCCAUCAGGUGGCACCGCUCCUUUCGAGUUUGUGAAGACAAGUGCCACAACGGCUGAUAUUCGGACGGUAGCGGCACCGAACAUUGACUUUGAGACUGUGAACCAGUACGAUUUGACACUGACGGUUACUGACGACGGUUCCGGAAACCUUAGCGAAGACCGGAGCUUGACCAUCUACGUACAAGACAUUAACGAAGCACCGGUUAUUAACAACACCGCAUCGUCGCUGACUAUGACUCUAGACGAGAACCAAGCUGCAAAUACUGCAGUCUUCACCUUUACCGGAAAUGACGAGGACCAACCGGGUGACACCUUAACUUGGAAGAUAACCAGUCAGAGCCCAUCGAGUCAGUUCGACAUCAACGCUGCCACAGGCGUGAUCUCCACGAGCUCCGCUUCAGUUAUCAACUUUGAGAGCGCGGAGACACAGUACGUUCUCGAUGUCACACUGGAUGACGGUACAGGGGCGAAUACCUUCACGGCUACGGCAACCUUAACCAUCAAUGUCCAGGAUGUCAACGAGACCCCAGACUUCACCAGCUUCCCCGGCUCGGCGUCUGUGGACGUGAACGAGAACACGACCGGCAGCGUGACUGUACAAAGCUUUACCGUGUACGACGACGACAACGCGCUUGUCUCCACCACCCAAGACAUCACCUACACCAUCGCUUUAGUGAGCCCGGCUGGAGCAACCCUACCGUUUACAUUCGACAAGGUGGACAACACCAAUGUCGAUCUGAACACAGACUCAACCGCCGCCAUAGACUACGAGACCAUGUGGUCUACCUACAGUACAAACCAGUACGAAGUUACCCUGACUGUCAGUGAUGGAACAAUUUCCACUCCGAGGACGUUCUACAUCAAUAUAAUAGACGUGAACGAAGCUCCAGUUAUCACAAACCUUGCGUCUUCGCUGUCCAUCACAAUCGACGAAGACGAAUCGGGCGGGAAGAAUCUGAUCUUCUUCACGGGGACGGACGAAGACUUGCCCGGGGACACUCUGACGUGGUCUAUCGCAAGUCAAACGCCAAGCGCUCUCGGAACGAACUUCGAGAUUGGGCCGUCUACGGGAACACUGAGCGUCGUUUCAAGCCCUAACCUCGACUACGAGCAAGAAACGCAGUACCUUCUCCAAGUCGAGCUAAGCGACGGCACAGGAGCUGGACGUCUCACAGCCACGGCGACCUACACUGUCAACAUUCGGGACAUCAACGAGGCGCCAUCUUUCUCGGAUACGUCACUGACGUACGAAGUGGACGAAAACUCGGCCGGUGGGGUCGCAGUUUGCCCCACCAGUAACACGGCAUGCACUACAACCCUACAGGGCACCGACCCUGACGGCGACACACUCACGUACUCACUCAUCUCGUACAGUCCCGUAGAAGACGGAUACUCCAACCCCUUCCAGCUAACCCAGUCAGGAAACGACCUAGUCCUAGAGACCGUGGCAAGUCCUGAGUUAGACUACGAGCGAGCCACAGCGUACACUUUGAAAAUUCGCGUCAAAGAUGGAAGCACAUCCGGAAGUAAGUCCUCAACUGGAGAGAUCACGAUUAACCUCGUAGACUUGGACGAGUCGCCGGAAUGGAGGAACUUGCCGAACAGCGUCACCGUGAGCGAAGACAUGGCGGGGAACCAGAAGGUGUACACGCUAGACGCCGUGGAUCCCGAGGGGGUUGCAGUGACAUACGCCCUCAACACCGUAACGACAGCGUUCCAACUAGUGGCUGGUACGGGCGAAAUCAGGACCACGACGACCCCGAAUCUCGAGUCCGGGGCUUUCCUGUACACAUUAGAGAUAGAGGCUGUCGACGCCAGUUUCAACACAGCCACAAGCACGCUCACAGUCAACGUGGCUUUCUAUGACGACAGUCCACCGGUUUUUAGUCCAACCACCUACAACGUGAAUGUGAAUGAGGGAGAGAGUUUGGGGACGACCGUCACCACCAUCGCGGCUACGGACGCUGAUGUGGGCGAUGUUGUACAGUACUACAUUACAGGAGGAAACGGGUACUUCCAGGUGGACAGCUCGGGCGUCAUUACGACCGGAACCGAGCUGGACCGGGACGCCGUCGGCUCCCCGGCCUCCUACACCCUAACCCUCACGGCAUACGACACGUCAGGUCUCUCUGCACAGGCCACGGUCACCGUCAACGUGGACGCCGUCAACGACAACGCACCGAUAUUCUCCCAAACUGUGACCUCUGUAGACGUCACAGAGAACACCGCCACGACCACCUCUGUGCUCCAGCUGACCUGUACGGACGCUGACACAGGCACAGACGGGGACCUCGUGUACGCCAUAGACUCCGGCAACACGGACGGCCUGUUCGGGCUGGAUACAAGUACGGGGCUGAUCACGGUCGCCAUCGCCAUAGACAUGGAAGCCGCUGCCAUCAUCUCGGCAAACUUCAGGUACACGCUGAAGGUAACGGCCGUGGACCAGGCCGCUGUGGCCGCCGACCGUCUCACCAGUACUGCUACCAUCUACGUCACCAUCACUGGUCAGAACGAGUUUACCGCAAACUUCACCACUAUGCCGGCCAGCGACACUGUUACACUGUCAGAGGACACAGCGGUGGCGACUACGGUCACAUCUGGUGUUGCGGCUACUGAUGGAGACCAGGGAUCCCAGGGUGACAUAGUGUACGCCAUCACGGGAGGAGACACCUCCACACCGCGUACCUUCACCAUGAACCCCGACACAGGCAGGAUCGUACUGGCUCAGCCUCUGGACUUCGAGACCACACCGGUAUACUUCCUGGAACUGUCCGCUAUCGAUGACGGCAGCCCUGCUCUGACGGGUACGACCACCCUGACUGUGAGCGUGACGGACGUGGAUGACGCUAGCCCCACAUUCAGCGCAGAGACAUACGAGGCAACGGUCAGGGAGGACGAGACAGCAAUGUUAUGA